AGUCCGCAGAAAGGAUGGCGUCACUGUUAUAAAUGCUGGGAGCAUCGCGGCGAUUUUAGUCUGCGUGCUUACUUGUUGGAGGUCUAGCUCUUCCCUUCCGCAGAUGCGCCUGGUUGUAGUGCUUCUAUGGACGGUGGCAGGAACGGUGCUGUCACUGGAGAACGGAGCGGGCAGCCUCUAUGAUGAACAUUUUCCACCCCUUCAUCCUAAUUGUACCCAGAGCCUCACAGACCUUAUCUUGCUGCGCCAAGAAGUCCAGUUGAAAGAACUGAAGGAGGAGGAGAAAGUGUCUUCAGGGAUCUUGAGGCAGAUAGUGGACAUCUUGACUGACAUCAAAAAUUCUUUGAACCACACGUCGAAGGUAUCCUGCCCAGGUAAUUUCAUAAACUUCGGGGACACCUGUCUGUACCUUGCCAAGGACACCGACGUAACCUGGGAAGCUGCUCGGGUCUUUUGCCAUGGCUUGGGAGGAGACUUGGCCGUGUUCCGAGACGCCAAUGCAUUCGCUGAUGCUCUUGGAUACGUUAAAGGUUCAGGCCUUACGAAGACGGCGGACGUGUGGGUGGGCGGGAACGACCUUUCCCUGGAGGGGGAAUGGCUGUGGGUCUCCGGAGAAGACAUGCCAAGAGGGACUCCUUUUUGGGGACAUCACAAUAACGUCCGUGAACCCACUGGCGGAACGUCGCAGAACUGUGCCUUCCUGAAGGGCCAGGACGGCUUCACGAUACACGAUGCUCCCUGUGACUGGAAGCGCAAGCCUCUCUGUCAGGCAAAGCGCACUUAAGGAACUGUAUCAAAUGUGGCCUCUGUCAAUCAGAACGAACCAGGACUUCCGGUUAAAUGAUCAUUUGGGUCAUAUCAAGUGCACUUAAACAAAUGAUGAAAAGAUUCACUGUG